AUGUCGGUCGGGAUAUUCCCUACCAGGUACAUGAAACACAACCGCGUGGCGGUGGCGUACCCACAGGCAAAUGGGCAGGUGGAGAACGCCAACAGAACUAUAGUCGACGACAUCAAAAAGAACCUGGACGCAGCUGGAGGAACAUGGGUAGAGGAGCUGGACACCGUCCUAUGGGCAUACCGCACCACCCCAAGAAAGGCCACCGGGGAGACACCAUUCGCGCUGGCAUACGAGUUCGAAGCACGGGCUCCCACCGAAGCUGUGAUACCGUCCUAUCGGGUUGCAAUAUACGACCCUGACCUCAACGAGCAACACCACGCCACCGACCUCCACCUCAUCGACGACAGAAGGGAGGAGGCCAUGCAAAGGGCGGAGGAUGGCAUGGUCCUCAUGCAUGGCCGCGUCGUGGGGCAGAAGGAGGCUGCGCAAAAGGGCAUCCAGGGGAUAUCCCCGCUAAGUAUCGAGACUGCAGGCGGGAGGUGGACGGACCAAUCAGUUAAGGCACCCUGA